GGCAGGCCCGAGCGGGGGCACGGUCCGAGGUGGCGCUGCUGCUGCAGCUUCUUCUUUCGCGGAAGAAUAAACCAGCCGGCGGCUGCAGGCUGAGUUUACCGCUUGUCCGCGAAAAUCAUAGCCGCGUAUAUAUUUCUCCCUCAGCUGAUCCGCCCGCGGAUCAGCCGUGCGCUCCGGGGAGGAACCCCAGCGCUAUAACGGAGUGUAGCCUGUUAGCCAGCUAGGCUAGGUUAGCAUGUUAGCCUAGCGCAGUGAACUCGGCCUUUUACCUUUGCCUUCCUGCAGCGCGGCGGCUUUUUUGGGUUUUCUCCGCAGCGCUAAAAACCCCAGACCUGCCGCGGGCCGCCGGGAUGCUCCAUUGCGGCUAAAUGAAAACCAGACUAUCUCUAUUUUAGCUGAACGAACUGAUUUAAUUCAGCCUCGGGUUUUGUAUCCUGACGCUGACGGCUGUUAGACAGCUUCUCCAUUUUGUGACAUUUUUAACUAAACACUUGAUGAGCUGUGGGUUGUGUGAGCGCUCAGUUAUACUGUCUCCUCACAUAACCAGUUAACGUUAAAUACUUUAGUAAAUUAGUUAUAACACUAAUAAACACUUACGGUAGAGAUUUGUUUAGAUAGGUUAUCUAAUUCUACCGGAAUGAAACACACACACACUCUCUCACACUCUGCUGUCCUGAACUACCGUUAUAACGGUGGGACUGUUAACAAAUGAGGCACUGGCAUUGGUCCAGUCAGACACCAAUAAUGACCUUAUAUCGCCAUGACAACCAGUCUGGAGGUGCUGGCUCAGCAGAUAGUGACCACUGAGCAGGUUGCAGAGUCUUUACAGAUGCAGUCUUCCCCUUCAGACAGCCCAGUGAUGAAUGCCUCUCCUCAGCGCAUUCAGAUCAUAUCGACUGACCCCUCUGUCACCACACCACAGAGAAUUCAGAUUGUGACUGAUCAGCAGACAGGCCAAAAGAUCCAGAUUGUGACGACGGUGGAUCCUGCCAGUGUUUCUAAGCAGCAGUUUAUUCUGGCUGCUCAUGAUGGCACACCAGCAGGCAAAGUUAUCCUAGCAUCCCCAGAUAGCCCUAGCACAAAACAGCUCAUCUUUACUACGGCCGACAGUCUCGUUCCUGGCCGAAUACAGUUUGUUGCAGAUGCUGUGUCAGUGGAGAGGCUACUGGGUAAAGGUGGAGAGGUGGGCAGACCGCAGCCUGUAGAGUACUGCGUGGUUUGUGGAGAUAAAGCUUCAGGGAGGCACUAUGGCGCAGUGAGCUGUGAGGGCUGUAAGGGCUUUUUCAAGCGAAGUGUCAGGAAGAGUCUGACAUACAGUUGCCGUAGUAACCAAGACUGUGUGGUCAACAAGCAUCAUCGCAACCGCUGCCAGUUCUGCCGCCUCAGAAAGUGCCUUGAGAUGGGCAUGAAGAUGGAGUCUGUACAGAGUGAAAGGAAGCCGUUAGACCUGCCCAGAGAGAAGCCCGCUAACUGCGCUGCCUCUACUGAGAAAAUCUAUAUCCGAAAAGACUUACGAAGUCCUCUCAUAGCAACGCCUACCUUUAUCACAGAGAAAGACGGCUCACGGUCAGGGUUAUUGGACCCUGGGAUGCUGGUGAAUAUUCAGCAGCCUCUCAUCCAGGCUGAUGGCACGUUACUCCUUGCAACAGACACUAAGGCAGAGACGGGUCACGGCGAUCUGGGCACGCUGGCUAAUGUGGUGACGUCACUGGCAAACCUUAAUGACUCACUCAAUAAUGGAGAUACCUCAGACAGCCAGCAGGAGGAGUCAGCCAGUAAAAUUACACGUGCCUUUGACACUCUGGCCAAAGCGUUAAACCCCAAUGAGGUAGGUGAGGGGCAGAACCUCUCAGAGGCUGACUGUGUAGGCGGGGCCACAAUACAGGUGAUCAGCAGAGAUCAGGUUACACCUCUUAUAGAAGUGGAGGGUCCUUUACUUACGGACACGCACGUCAGCUUUAAGCUGAUGAUGCCAAGUCCGAUGCCUGAGUUUCUGAAUGUACAUUAUAUUUGCGAGUCUGCAUCUCGUCUGCUUUUUCUAUCCAUGCACUGGGCGCGCUCCAUACCAGCCUUCGCUGCUCUCGGGCAGGAGUGUAACACGUCUCUGGUACGGGCGUGCUGGAACGAGCUAUUCACAUUAGGUCUGGCUCAGUGCACUCAGGUCAUGAGUCUCUCUACUAUCCUCGCUGCCAUCGUCAAUCAUCUCCAGACAAGUAUACAAGACGACAAGCUGUCUAGUGAGCGUGUAAAGCUGGUGAUGGAGCACAUCUGGAAGCUGCAGGAGUUCUGUAACAGCAUGGUCAAGCUGGAGACAGAUGGCUAUGAAUAUGCCUACCUGAAAGCCAUUGUGCUCUUCAGUCCAGAUCAUCCAGGUCUGAACAGCAGCAGUCAGAUUGAGAAGUUCCAGGAAAAAGCACAGAUGGAGCUGCAGGACUAUGUGCAAAAGACCUAUCCAGAUGACACUUACAGGCUGGCACGGACUUUGAUGCGUCUGCCUGCGCUGAGGUUAAUGUGCUCCAGCAUUACAGAGGAACUUUUCUUUACUGGACUAAUCGGAAACGUUCCCAUCGACAGCAUCAUCCCUUACAUUUUAAAAAUGGAGACUGCAGAUUACAACAGCCAGAUCACUGGCCCAACUGCAUGACUACAUCGAGACCUCUCUGGACCUGCAGAUGCUUACUUAAAUCCUGCAGCUCCUUCGCCUUCAUGCUGAUGGAUGCAAAAGUUAUAUAAAAAAAUGUUUUUUGUUCUUUAACAUUUGUGUUUUCCUAAUGCAAGCAAGCUCUGCCUGCAGAAGAGCCGUAGCAGCGAAAUCAUCUGACUGAAGGUGGAUGUUACUUAAGAUGGAUGCAUUGUAGUUCUCUGAGUGGUGCAUCAUGGAAUUUUUAGUUCUACUAUCUGGGCAUUAUUUUUUCCAUUUCAAUACGGAAAAAAGCUGCAGACAACAGAGAGAAUUGUGAGACAUUAGGGCUACUUUUCAAUUUCCACCAUGUACAAGAUUAAUACAGUGUAUUAAGGAUUUUGGUAGGCUAUUAUAUAGUCUGCUGUAAUUCAGUAAGCAUCUCCAUAUAAUGUAGUGAGGAAAGUUACUCAAGGCCAGUCAUCCAGAUACAAUCAUUAAAGCCUUGAUGGAGUUUCCUAUGCAAAAAGUGGCAUCAGUGUCUCUAUAACCUGAAUGUUUAAAAAAACAUGAAGCCCUGAAUCAAAUCUGCAAUAUUUAUCAGAGUAAGAUCUCUGAUUGAUAAAGUAGCACUAUUACAGCAGCAUUUUGUUUGCAGCUAGGUUUGGACUAAACUGCAACACCGGUGAUUGGUGAAUAACUGUUUAAUAAAAAUCCCUUUUAGUGUAAAUUCACACUUAAUCUGACCCCAAAAUGAUUGAUGCGUAUUUAGUCAAUAUCUUUCACUGCUAUAAUCUUUUUCCCUUUUUUGUUUAUGUAGCCAUACUAGAGAGUGGGGAGUCACUGAUAUUUUACUGAUAUAUUACUGAUAUAUUACAGAACACCUCUGCUAACCGGACAAUCAGCUUACAGUAGUAUAGCUAACUUAUUUCACUUUUUUUUUUUUUUUACAUUUUCCUUAUUCAUCUUGCUUAUAUUCCUUCCUAUUUUUAUAUUUAUUUUAAUGAUACAUUAUUAGGCUUUUCAUUAGAACAUGGACUGAUGAUGUUCAGUUUUUAGUGUAAACUUAUUUAUCGACUUAAGUCACAUCUAGGAAGUUUUCAGUUUACUCCACAUCUCACAACAUGCAUCUGCCUUAUUACCAGCUGGUUUCUUUAAGCAUCAAGGUUUUUUUUAUUUAUUUUUGAAAGCCAUUCUUUCUUAAUGUAUUUCCUGCUUUUCUGUCAUUUGCUAUUAUGAUAGCUGUGUCUUCUGUGAAAUGUACUCAAAGUACAGUCAUGCACUUAUGAAUAUUAUAAGAAAUUGUGAAAUGCAUAAUUUUGCCCUUUUUGAGGGGGAGGCAUCAACCAUAAGGUGGUUAUGAAAAUCUGCUACAUACCUGAAAUGUAUGUGUACUGUAUGAUGGCCUACCUAAAUAUUUGGGUUUAAACCCCAUCAAGACUGUUUUUAAAGCUGUUGUGGUAACAUGUUUAAUGAGAUUUAUACUACAUGUAAUUUCAUUAAAAUGAUUGCAUGUUAAUGUAAAGCAGUUUUUUUUUUUUCCUCUGGCAUAAAAAUGUUAAGCAGUUUUGUUUGUAUAUAUAGUGCAUUGCAGUGCAUGAGGUAGCAUUUUAUUAAAUGCUGUAUCAAGGUGGAGUAUAAUUGUUGUGUCUUAGAAAUACAUAUUUAUCUACCGGAGAAAAAUAAAUUAAAAGCAGCCAAUUUUA